AUGCCGGAUCAAGAAGAAAAGAACAAUAACUCAGGGCCACCAAAUCUACGACGCUAUGGGGACGAGCUAGAGUCAUCAAUAGGGGCCAUAUUUGACAGCAUCGAUUUUAGCUCAAUAGAGAAACAAGCCAGCAAUGAAGAGGGAGGAGGUGUAGAUUCUGGUAACCGAAUACGAGACGAGGUGCACUCUCAAACCGCAACAACCAACGAUGAUGACAUGAAGAACGCAAUCAACAACGCAUUAGAUGAUGUGUUUGACUUCAAGAGUGAACCAGUAGAUAGAGUGACCAAUGAUGAAAUUAAAAAUGACCAUAAUGCCGGUGAUGAGCAUGUAAAAUCUACAUUUGAAACAACACAGUUGAUGAGUGAGUCCAGGCCCACUGGUGUAGCUCUUGGUUCGAGCAAUCCGGAAAUUGAUGACGCCAUAAAUCUUGCUUUUAACAAUCUACUAGAAGAGCGAAGACUGAGCCGAGAGGAACAGUCACAAAAAGCAACCGCACGAGAAGAACCUCACCAGCUAAACAAGAAGGAUACAAAUUUAUCACUGGAAAAACAUUCCUUGAUGCAGUCUCCGGCACUUGAGAAGCUGGAUCCUGCGAAUGAGUUCUCAACUAGGCAAGAUAAAGCUUUGCACAAGAAAACACCAUCCUUGACUGGAAACCAGCAAGAUGAAGGAAAUCGAGAGAAACAAAAGAGUGACAAAGCCACCUCUGCUGAGCUCAACAACAAUCAGCAGGGUGAAGAUGAUGAGUUGGAAAGCGCGAUUCGUAAUGCAUUAGGAAAUCUUUUUGACAAUCAAUCGCCCAAAAAUGCCUCAAAUGAGAGCGGCCAAAUACAACAAGAGAAAGGGUACGCUAAUUCAAAAGAAAGAAAUAAAAUCGAAAUGUCCGAGUCAAUCAAGCCUCAUACAAAGCACACAGAACACUCUGCCAUAGAGUUACACGAUUAUCGUGACAAUGCUCGCGGUCAAAGUAUUGCACCGCCUAGAGCUGUAGACAAAGCCCUCAAUAACGAAUCGAUGCGUAAUCAGAACGGUACAACUACCGAUGCGAAUGAUAAUCUCGAUGAAAGUUUAAGGGGAAUAAUCGGACAAGCGUUUGAUGAAAUAUUUGGAAAAGAGUCAUCCGAUGUGAAUAGUAACGCGCCUGAUGAAGUCAACAUCAAGGACCAACACAGAAAUGUAUCGGACCUGAAAUUAUCUGAAGCUCGUAGUGGGCCGGACCCAAAUUUGAGCUCCCAAUUACGCGCAAAUGUUGAUACACAUAUUUCGAGGCCUCAAAUAAACUCAUCUUCAGCCCCCUCAUUCAAUACACAUUAUGACGACCAUGAAGACCGAUAUUUAGUUGAAGCAAUUGGUGCUGCUUUCAGGUCAAUUGAAGAGGCAACAAAAAGCGCCGUUACAUCUCAACCUAGCCCUGAUUUCCAUUCCUCAGUAGAUGAAGAAAGAAUAGUGGGUAAAAGGAGUGACGAAAGGUACAACCAAUUGCUGAUUGAAGGUGUAGAAGCUGACAAUGCCACAUCUGACCAAGACAUCGAAGACGCUAUUGCAGAUGCGUUUAAAAGCGCCAUGCAGUCUGAGCACUUUGCGAGUCAUGAUGAUACAUCCCAGGGCAAAAUCGAACAGCAAUUACGCCCAACACUGAAAAAGAAAUCAGUUAAAAGUUUAGCCAAAGAAAUCACGCAACAAGUACAAGAUCACUUUAAAGAUGAGCGACGGGUUCGGGGACGACUUUCUCCGGUAGAAGAGGCUUCCAAUAAAGGGACAGCUUCGACAGUUAAGAAGCACGUGCUGCACAAUAUUGGAAGCCAGAAGACGGAAGAGAAGCUUCACACGGCCAUCACAAGUGCAGUUAAAAUUGCAACUGGAAUUGAGAAAGAUGAUGAGAUUGUCGAUAUCGAACAAUUGCAAAUGAACGAUAUCUUGCAUAAUGCCAUCAAAAUGGCAUCAGAAAAUCCCCAAGAGCUCAUAUCCGAUUUAGAAAUUGAUCAGAUUAUCGGUAUCGGUGAUAGCCAAACUGCACGUAUUCUUGGAGGGCCCAACACGACUGAUCUCAAAGCCUUUAAAGCCAAACCACCACCUGCUAAACAUUUCAAGCCAGCCAAUGAUCAGUUACGAGUACCACCAUCACUUGAAGAAAAGUCAAAAUCAGCUAUUCCCCGCAAAGUCCAGAAAGGAGAUGACAACCAAUUCAGCGUCUCUUCUAAACUAGUAUCAAACGAAGAUGCCGCUAAGAAUUCUUUACUUUCCAAUCCAGAUAUCAAGUCUCAGCUAUCAUCGGUUAUGAGCUCUUUGACUUCUAGGAUUAAUAGUGGUGAGCUUGCAGAUACAAAUAUAUUGUUCACAAUUCGCCAAAUCACCGAGGAACUAGCGUCUGGUGGCUCUUUGGCUAAUUUUUUGUCGAACCAAACCCCGUUAGAAGAUUUCAAAUCAAGUAAUGAGGAAGCAGAUCGAAAAAUGCUUGCCAACGCUUUAGGGAUGGCGCGCCACUUUUUACUUGGCUUUCCGUCAGAGCCACAAAUGGAGGCAAAAUCUAUUGACGAGAUCAACGCCAUGAUAUCCAACUUGAAUGAGGAUUUUUCGUCAACAAAUCUACUGCUUUCGAAUGAGAGGGCCGAGUUUAUUUCCUCAAUUGCGAAUUUGACUUUAACCACGCUUGUGGAUGAAAACACAAACGUACAAUACUCGUUUGAAGUGUUUGACGAAAUAGAAAAGUUCAGAAAUUCUUCUCCCGAGGCCCGUAGAAGAACUAGGGUUGGAAACCGGGAACGAAAGAAAAAAUGGAGGGAGGAAAAUGCUGAACGGAACCGAGAUAUCGAACUUAGAACAAGAGUGACGAAGAAAGCUUUGGUCGAUUUUGGUGUAGAUGACACACCCGAAAAGUUAUCGUGGAUAGAGUCUGAGAUCUCGAAAAGGAAAGCUAGGAGGCAGGCACGAUCCCAAGCUGAAGAUGAAAGAAAUGACGGCGAUGCUAAAGUUGAAAAUGCUCAGUCGUGCGCUUCUAAUGAUAAAGUUCACAAUGUUGCUCAGGAUAGGCGUCUAAUAAACCAGGUUAAAGACGUGUUGAAGAUAUUCUUUGAGAGACCAGACAAGUCAAAACAGUCAUCUCAUUUGAUCACGGCAGCUACCGUAAUUGGGGCAUUAUCUUUGAUCCACUCCGAAUCAAUAAACUUGGACGAGGAUAUCAUGUUGGCCGGAAUGAAAUCAAUUUUGAAGACUAUUACAGAGCACGUGCAUAUCCUUGAUGCUCAUCGAAGUAGACUCAGUCUGGCUGCUUUACAUACAGAAGCGUCCAAACGACGGUUGUCGGAAAUUUUGCUGAACUCCAAGCGAUUGAAAGUGGAUCCGGUGGCUCUUGCAAGACUACAAGAUACCAUGUCACAGCCAUUACAUAUUAACGAUGGCAUCGUCAGCAAGCCCAGCUUACAACUACCUCGCACCUCCCCCUUUAUAUCACAUAAAGUAGGCAACAACGCUAGUAUUGGUAGUUCUACAGGAUUACGGAAGCCAGGAUCAUUUCAGAAACCUAGACCUUUCGAAAAACCAGUAAAGGACAAGAAUAGGAGAGAAAGUUUAGGCUCCCCUAAAUUGUAUUCAACUACCUAG